AUGGUCAAGUGCGACGCGUCCAUAAAGGCCAUGUUGAUCAGCAUCGACAAUGACAACAAGAACGAUUUCAUCAUAGAAGACCUUGAUGAGGAGCAUCUUCUGGUUAAGGAGACGAAGAUAAUGACUCUCAAGAGCAGACUUGCAGAGAUGAUGAAGCAGCGACUCAAGGAUCCCACCGAGGAAGAUGAAAGCGGCAAAGAGAAUUGA